UCCCGCGUGAGAGAGUUGACGAGACUACUUCCAGGUGAAAAGCGCGAUUCUUGGAGGUUGGUUAACUUGACGUCUUCCCCAUGGGCAAACGCAGGAGCCGGAGCCAGAGCCAGCUGCUCAACUCCCUAACUAAAAAGCAGAAGAAGCAUCUAAGGGAUUUCGGCGAGGAGCAUCCCUUCUAUGACAGGGUUUCCAGAAAGGAAGCAAAACCACAGACUUGUCAACUGUCAGAGAGUUUAGAUACUUCAAGUUCUGAAAGUGAAGCAGAGAGUGAACCAGAACAAGUCUCUGGUUACAACAGACUACUUGCCACAUUAAAGGAUGUUUCCAAGGAAGAUGAGGAGGAGGAAGAGGAAGAAGACAGUGUUAUAGAUGAGACAGAAAUAAAUCUUGAAGAUGGCGAUAGUGACAUCAGUGUGGAGGAAGAGACGGCAGUAGAGUCUACUGACAUGCAGAAGAAUGCGGCCUUACCUGCUGACCCUAAGGGAAAAGAUGGGCACGGGCCACCUGGCACAUCAGAGGAAUCCCCAGAGGAGUUUACAGAUGCAAAACAUGAGUCACUCUUCAGCCUAGAAACCAACUUUCUCGAAGAGGAAGGAGGAGGCAACUGUUCUCUGAAAGCGUCACAGGAUCCAUUUGCACAACAUGUAAACAAAGAACUGAAAGAAAAAGAAAUCCAGGCUGUUGCCACAAAUCCCAAAACUACCCACCAGCUAAAAUGGCCCAUCCUGGGCCAGCUUGUCUUUUCUUCCAGGUUUCAACAGUUGGAAACCUUUAAACCCCCAAAGGACAUUGACUUAAAGUCACUUCAUCUCCAGAAGCCUCUGGAAUCCACCUGGAUCAAGACCAACAGCCAGUUCCUCUCUGGUCCCCCAAAAUCAAGUAGCCCCUUCACACCCCUCCAGAAAGAGCUCUUUUUAAUUAUGAAUUCUUACCGGGACCUGUUCUACCCAGAAAGGACUGCCCUGAAGAAUGGGGAAGAGAUCCGCCACGUGUACUGCCUGCAUGUGAUAAAUCACGUCCUCAAAGCCAAUGCCCAGGUGCUUGCCAACAAUAGCAGAUGCCGAAGCCGGAAACUUGGGGUGGGUGAUGAUGAUGACUUCAGGGACCAAGGGCUAACAAGGCCCAAGGUGCUGAUAGUGGUGCCAUUCCGGGAAGCUGCUUUGCGGGUGGUACAGCUCUUCAUCAGUCUUCUUGAGGGCGACAGCAAGAAGAAAAUAAUUGUAAGCAACAAAAAGAGGUUUAAUGGAGAGUAUGGCUCAGAUCCCGAGGAGAGACCACCCAACCUGAAGAGGCCUGAGGAUUAUGAAGCUGUAUUUGUCGGCAACAUCGAUGACCACUUCAGGACUGGAGUGGCAAUACUGCAGAGGAGCAUCCGACUUUAUGCCCCCUUCUAUUCGUCCGACAUCCUCAUUGCCUCCCCUCUGGGCUUGAGGACCAUCAUUGGUGGAGAAGGAGAGAAGAAGAGAGAUUUUGACUUUCUGUCUUCUAUUGAGCUUCUCAUCAUUGAUCAAGCUGACAUUUACCUGAUGCAGAACUGGGAGCAUGUCUUGCAUUUGAUGAACCACAUGAACCUACUGCCCUUGGACUCACAUGGGGUGGACUUUUCUCGAGUGCGCAUGUGGAGCCUCAAUAAUUGGUCCAAGUACUAUCGUCAGACACUGCUGUUUGGGGCCCUGCAGGAUGCCCAGAUCAACUCUGUGUUCAACAAGUACUGUGUCAAUGUGCAAGGCCAGGUGGCUGUGAGGAACGUCCCGAUGACAGGCUCCAUCAGUCAUGUCCUGGUGCAGCUCCCACAUGUCUUCCAGAGGAUGGAAGCUGAAAACCUAGCUUCAGUGAUUGAUGCCAGUCAGGGGACCCAUGGUAGCAGAAUGGUGCUUAACACAUGGUUUAACUUUUUCGUCAACAAGAUUUUGCCUCAGUAUCGUGAUGCAGUCAUGUCUCACACGCUUAUCUAUGUCCCCUCCUACUUUGACUUUGUGCGUCUCCGAAAUUACUUCAAGAAGGAGGAACUGAAUUUCACUCAUAUCUGCGAGUACACCCAGAAGUCUGGUGUCUCCAGGGCCAGACACUUCUUCCUUCAAGGAGAGAAGCAGUUCCUGCUCCUCACAGAGCGCUUCCAUUUCUACAAAAGAUACACAAUAAAAGGCAUCAGGAACCUGAUUUUCUACGAACUGCCAACAUAUCCCCACUUCUACAGUGACGUCUGUAACAUGCUGCAAGCCAGCACCAGAGGCGAGGAAGCUGCCUGGACCUGCACUGUCCUCUACUCCAAGUACGACGCCCAGAGGUUGGCUGCUGUGGUCGGCGUGGAGCGGGCUGCGCAGAUGCUGCCGUCCAAGAAGAACGUCCACCUCUUCAUUACUGGAGAGAGAUGAGAAUUGGUUGGACAGGAAAUGGUAUUUGGUGUGAUAUGUCAUGCUUGAUUCUUUGUCACUUGGACCUGAUUCUGAUCACUUACACAAAGAAGGGCUGCAACAAGGAAGGAGCACCAGGCAGGUUCUUAUCAGAUACUUCUUUCUUUUCAGAUCAUAUAUACCUGAAAAGUUCAGUGUAAACCAGAUUUUGGUAAAACCCAUCUUUCAGAGGUCAGAGGAGAGCUCAUGGGACUCUGAGAAGUUGAUAGAAGGAAUCUUCUACUUGUGAAUUUUUUUGUACGCCAUAAAUUCUUUUGUUGUGAUUUCACCUCUAAUUUAUUACACUUGGUAAAUUCUUUCAGAUUUGCCUGUUUCUACUUGACACCUUCUUAAAGUGAGGCAUGCACUUCUUUGCUUGUGAGAACUGGUUAUGAGAAAUUGGAAUACUUCUUGCUGUUGAAUAUCAUCUUAGUUUUGGAUCGCACAGGUUUUGCAAAACUGUUAUUUUUCCCCAGCCAAACUUUUUUAAACCUUAAAUAUUCUAUUUUAAUUCAACCUAGAAGAGCACAUUCGUUCACUGAUCUUUUUUUAACUCCUAAAUGUUUUAGUGAAAAUAUAUACUUAAAAAAUCACAUUAUAUAAAAUAACAUUAAUUUGUACUUUAUUUCAAGAAAUAAUUUUGUGAAAUUCUUGAUGUCGCAAAUUCAUCUUCAACAUCACUGUCUUCAUUGCUAUAGUCAUUUUUU